ACCCUUUCAAAAUCUACCACUACUGGUAGAGUUGUCAAAAGGAAAAAGGCGCAUGAUCAGGAAAGCAGGUGUUCCCUAGGUCCUAAUCUGUUUGAUAAGAAAGGCAGAAUAACUUGUCUGUGAAGCAAGAUCUCUCUACCAAGACAUCUGGGGGAGAGAGAGAUUUGCUUAGCUCCUUAAUCCAAUUUGUUUUAUUUGUAUUUAUGAACGAAUAUAGUGGAUGGUGCUUUUCCCAUAUUUGGCUUGUUUCUAUAAGAUUGGUUUACAGAGUUUUCUAUUCCAAACUGUUCUGCUGUUCCUCUUGAACUGAGCACUCCUCUCUCUCUGUCUCUUGAAUAAAGAGCGUCAUCGCAUCCACAUUGGAGGGCUCUGAGGAAAAUGAAGCGAAGAACGUAUUAUUAUCUCAUUGUUGCUUUGCAUAUCAUAAGCUGGAUUCUAGUAUCAACCAGGUCUUUAGCAUCUCAUGAUGUUACUUCUCAACAAGAUAAAGUUCCAGAGUUCAAGGGGGUUCCCAUUGACUCUAAACAGGGUCUUGAAAGUAAGGGUGGAGUCGUUUAUGGGAGCGAAGAAACAUGUAGUAGAAUGCUGGGAAGACUUGGAUCAAGGCCACCAAACUGUCGGCGCAAGUGUGGACGCUGCACUCCUUGUGUGGCCACUCAAAUUCCUGCAACUUCUGAUAAACUGGGAAUUCAAUAUGCCAAUUAUGAGCCUGAAGGAUGGAAAUGCAAAUGUGGCUCCACUUUCUUCAAUCCAUAAAUGCCUGGGGUCAAUCGCAACGGCUUUUCUAGCUCUCUCUCUCUCUCUCUCUCUCUCUCUCUCUCUCUUUCUAUCACUCUCUCUCUCUAUAUAUAUGUAUGUGUGUGUGUGCUACUGGGUAUCUGUAUAUAUCUCUGCAUUACCCCAAGUUGUAUACUCGAUUUCACUUUUAUCUUUCUUUCUUUGUUUCUUCUUCUUCUUCUUCUUCUCUGAAUAAAAAAAAAAAGAAAA